ACGGUCGCCGAGGAGUUUCGACGACGGCGAUGGAAGGGCUCGAGUACGACGCCAACGACGUCGAGGAGCUGCUCUCGCUCUCCGACGCCGAAGACAUUGACGCCAAUUCCCGCCGCGUCCUCUUCCCGCCGCUCGUGCUGGACCUCGAGCCGCGAGCCAAAAAAGUAGACCGCCUCAAGAAGCUCGGCGUCUUGCACAGCCCGCUUGGCGACUGGCCGCGCAACAACGUUCGGUCGCCGCCCUCGGUCGAGUGCAAGCUUGAGGCGCCCCAUAGCCCAUACGUCAAGGCCUCACCAGCGAAACUAUCCACGAAGAAGCGACACCCGACCAAGCUCCCGCCACCAAUCGAGAUGGAGACGUCACCGACCAAAUUCAAGUUCAAGACCAACGACAUCAUCAAGCACGGGGACCUCAAGGUCUACAUGUGCCGGCAUACGACGAUCCAGCCUCUCUUUUGCAUCCCAUUCCACGAGCACUCGUCCCUUACCUCGAGCCGGAAGCUCAUCGACGACCUCCUCAUGGUGGACAUGGUCGACUAUUGCUUCGUGGCACCGAACGGCAAAGCCAUCGCCAAGACGGCCGAAGGACGCUUCAGUGCCUAUUGGUUUCACCCUGUCUUGACGAUCCUCGUGCUCUCGAUUCAAAACACCCCCCACUUGUGCCAGAGCCCCGACGCACUUCGCGACGCACUCUCGCAGCUCGGCACUGACGGCCGUACGCCCACGAAAGAAAAGCCAUGGAACUUGUCGUACGUGAGCUUUGGCAACUUUAGCUCCCAGAGCCUGCGGAUGCAGACCGCGAUCAUCAAGUCGCCGAUGAGCUCCAAGAUCCGGAAGCGCCAUGCCCGCGAUGUGCUUCGGCUGGCGCUCGAGACGCCCGCACCCGUCGACGAUGCUGUGUUUGAGACAGCGCCAAACGGUGCGCUGGCCCCAAGCACCGUGCAGACGAUCCUCGAACGCAGUCGCUACGACGUCCUCGACCGGUUUUCCGACCUCGAAGUCGAGAAACGCCGAAAGCGUCAUCUGCGGCUGCAGCAAAAAACGCUGGUGCACGCGCUUGAGAUGCACAAGCGUGCCGUCCAGCUGCAGUGCUGGGUGCGCACGGUAUGGAGUGUGCGCCAAGUUGAGGUGCUGCGAGAGGCGCGGCGUCAAGCGCUCCAGGCGCAAAUGCCACCUCCGACCUCGAGCGACGGCCGCCCCCGGCGCUAUAGUAUCAGUUUGAGCCAACAACCGAUGGUCGUCGCCAACUUGCACUUUGUACCACAGUUUGGCGCGUACGAAGAAAAGAGCAUUGUCAAGCUCCAAGCGCUGCAACGCCGUCGCCUGGCACAAAAGAGCUAUCGCCAAGCGCACGCCGAAAAAGAGCUCGAGCAGCGCCACGAGAUGCUGCAAAAGACCCAAAGCGACUACGAACGCGAGGCAGCGCUGACCAAUAUCAAACGACUCCACAAAGUCGACCAAAAGCAACGCAAGGAGCUUCUCAAGGAGCACGAUGAGCAGCGGCGACAGGCCGCGAUUCUGGCGAUCCAGCGUUUGAUUCGCCGCUUCUUGGCCGUCCGCGUCGUCAAGCGCCUCCGUAUGGAGCGCAAGGCCGCGAUCAAAAUCCAGUCCCACUUGCGCAAAAACACGGCGCUCACCACACUCGAGAACCUCAAGCUCCAAUCGCGCAAGUCGAGUCUCAAUGUGUCAGGAUCGUCCGUCAACAACAGUGACAGCUACCACCCACGUCUCUUUUGCCGGCGAGUUCACUUUCAUGACACCACCAAUGCUGUCGUGCUCGUGGUGCUCACCAAGACCCAGAUCUCGCUGGUGCUCUACGAAGCCUCCUCGGCGAGCCACCCGACGGCCGUCGAGUGCACUCUAGAGACGGACGAGCUAAAGACACUCGGGCUUCUCACGCGGUCAUACUUUAUCACAGUCGGCGACAUUGACCGCCUCAUCGAAGGUCUGGUCAUGCAUCUCAUCGUUCAGCGCGGCCGCGUGCUGCUCAACCCGCGCGAAGUCCACCCGUUUCGGAACCUCAACAUUGACGCGCGGUCGCUCGUCUUGGGGACACCUGACAUGUACUUCGGGCAGCUCUACCAAAAGUGCAGCGACUGCAACAGCGCAGAGGACCUCCUUCGUCCAUUGCGGUAUGCGAAGCCGACACUGCACUACUACGUGGCAAAACGCUGCUACGUCUCGCGCUGGCACCUCUGUCUCUGCAUCGGGCUUCAGUACAGCGAGUGGAGCUUUAGCAACCUCCCAGUGCUUUCUCUCUGCUCGACCCCCCAAAAAGUGGCGAUCGCCAAACACAUGGUCCACCACAUCACGUUGAGCCACACCAACGCCGUGCGCAUCGAUGUCCGUCAACGCAUGUUUCGCCAAGCCAAGCGGCUCCGGUGCGAGACGUCGGGAAGCGUCACCUUUGCCGUCGGUCUCUUUUCAGUGCACCGUCUCGGGAUCGCGCUGCAGCUCGAGGUCGUCUUCGCCUCCGGCGACGUCCUCCAGAGCAGCGUCGCACACAACAUUCUGAAUCGGAUUGGCUACACGUCGCUCUUGGAUAUGGACGCGGAGACGGUUCAGAUCUUGAGUCGCCAAAUGCUCAGCUACCUCCGCGUCAUUGAGCACCAAUUGGUGCUGCAGAUCGACGAGUGA